UGGCGAAGCAAUACAAGUUAGGUUGAGCUUUGAAUGAGGGGCCAUCAUCCCGGUGGUUCGGUGGUGGUAUAUACAGUUUUAAUAUUAAAAUGAAAAGGAUGGAUUUAUUGACGGGUACCUGAGUUACCACCAGGCCUUCUUUCACCUUCUCAGUCGGAUUCUUUGGACGUUCUUCCUCCCACUCAUUUGCACAUUCCAGUAUUUUUUUUAUAUUUUCUUCAAUGCUAAUGCCUUAAAUUUGACAAAACUUUAUAUAAAAAAAUACACAUGUUCUUUAUAUACACUUAUAUCUCCUGAAGGAUUUCAGACAUACAAGCUUCAACCCCCACCCCCUCCGUCUUUCCCUUUACAUCAGAUUAAGACGCUAACUCAAAACACACGUACACAACGUACAGCGAGCAUGUCCUCCAUACUACCCUUCACUCCCCCAGUUGUGAAGAGGCUCCUCGGGUGGAAGAAGACUCCGGCAGGGGGUGGAGGAGCCGGAGGUGGGAUAGGGGGAGUGGGGGAGCAGAACGGAGGCGGGCAGGAGGAGAAGUGGUGUGAAAAAGCCGUCAAGAGCCUGGUGAAGAAGCUGAAGAAGACGGGACAACUGGACGAGCUGGAGAAAGCAAUCAGCACGCAGAACAGCAACACAAAGUGUGUCACCAUACCAAGCAAUUGCUCAGAUCUAUGGGGUCUAGGCACAGGCCACAUGAUAGAACAGUGGGACUCUGCAGGCAUGUACGGAUACCCUGACCACAACAGGUCGCUGGAUGGCCGUCUCCAGGUGUCCCACCGUAAGGGCCUGCCGCAUGUCAUCUACUGUCGCCUGUGGCGAUGGCCUGACCUUCACAGCCACCAUGAGCUGCGAGCCAUCGACAACUGCCAGUACGCCUUCAACCUCAAGAAGGAUGAAGUGUGUGUCAACCCAUACCAUUACCAGAGGGUGGAGACACCGGUGCUGCCCCCAGUGUUGGUGCCACGCCACACAGAGAUUCUGACAGAGCUUCCACCUCUAGAUGACUUUACAAAUUCAAUCCCUGAAAACACCAAUUUCCCUGCCGGCAUAGAUCCUCCUAAUAACUACAUACCAGAGACUCCCCCGCCUGGCUACAUCAGUGAGGAUGGCGAGGCCAGUGACCAGCAGAUGAAUCAAAGUAUGGAAUCAGGUUCACCAGCGGAACUGUCACCUAACACCUUGUCACCUGUCAGUCACGGUCUGGACCUCCAGCCUGUUACCUACAGCGAACCAGCCUUUUGGUGCUCGAUAGCCUACUAUGAGCUCAACCAGCGAGUUGGAGAAACGUUCCAUGCUUCGCAGCCUUCUCUUACCGUGGAUGGCUUCACUGAUCCCUCCAACUCUGAACGCUUCUGCCUUGGGCUUCUCAGCAACGUCAACAGGAACGCAACUGUUGAGAUGACAAGGAGGCAUAUAGGUCGUGGAGUCAGGUUGUAUUACAUUGGAGGCGAGGUUUUUGCCGAGUGCCUCAGCGACAGUGCCAUCUUUGUCCAGAGUCCCAACUGCAACCAGCGAUACGGAUGGCAUCCCGCCACAGUCUGCAAGAUACCGCCAGGCUGUAACCUGAAGAUUUUUAACAACCAAGAGUUUGCUGCUCUGCUGGCCCAGUCCGUCAAUCAGGGGUUCGAGGCGGUCUACCAGCUGACCAGGAUGUGCACCAUCAGGAUGAGCUUCGUCAAAGGCUGGGGUGCCGAGUACAGACGCCAGACAGUCACCAGUACACCUUGCUGGAUUGAGCUGCAUCUCAACGGCCCCCUCCAGUGGUUGGACAAGGUGCUGACCCAAAUGGGUUCCCCUUCUGUGCGCUGCUCCAGUAUGUCCUAAAUGGUGUCGAGCAGUGGCGGAAGACACUUGACAUUACACAACAUUUGACCAGCAUCUUAAAGGAUUCCACCAUGCAGAACGGACGGGAGUAACAUCAUUCCAACAAGUAAACCUACACAAGGGACCUCAAGGAUGAGAGAAGGAGCAGCGCCGCAGUGGAAUGUAAACAUCACAGCAAGCCUGAUCACCUUUUUGCUUCUGCUGGAUCGACCUCAGGCUGACAUUCCAAUCACCACGGACCUACUAGUUGAAAUCAUCAUGCAUUUCCAGCCCGGAAUCCAUUCACGUUUUCAGGUAUAAAGGACCGGAGGUGCUGAACCAGACACACACACACACACACACACGUCAAAGAACUCUUUGGGGCUGUUUGGGGGACUGAAGUCUAUCUCUUUGCUCACCAAGUACACCUUGCCUCCUCACUGCCUCGCUACCACACCUCAAGCUGGAUCCAGUGUCAAGAGUUUUUCGUUUACACAAGGUUGACUUGUAGUCCAACUGUCACUCUCUGGGUUCACGUUCAACCAAAGUUUUUUAUAGUGUUUCUUGGUUUCAGUGACCAAAGUAUUGUUCUGUUUAUUCUCUCUUCUCUGUCCACUGUUGCCGUGAAUGAAUAACGCACCACAACCUGUCUUCGUAUACACUUGCAACAUCUUGGUAUUGACUCUGCUGCAGUUUCCGUGGGUUGGGACUGUCUCUUGCUUCCUUAAGAGUCCAUUACAUUAUCUUCUGUAUAUCAAGGACUUGACUACGUGCAGGAUGAGGACUGUAGCGUCCCACUGUCGCCCCCUGCUGUCAGUAUGCUUCCCCCGAUUAUGCCUGAACUGAUGCAUGGCUCCCCCCUCGCUCAAUUCAUCAAUAAUAUAUUGAUAAGACUCCUACAAUGUGGGAUUAAAAAAAAUGGCCUCUAUAUUAUAAUUGCACUGCCCCAAAUUAUGCAUCCUUAUUGCUUUCAAGAAAGUUGCCUUUGAUGUAAAGAAACAGCAAGAAAUGCUUUGAAAUUGUACAUAUAUGAAUGUGGGAAAGCCCCCAUAGACGUGUAUUUUUGGAAUAUUCACUAUCGAUUUUCGAUCUCAUCGUGUUAUGAUAUGAAUUGGCUUAUUAUGGGGCAUCUCUUGAAAUUUCGAGUGUUCAAAGCAAUUGAGAGUCCACAGUUUUCCAAUUCAAAUGUAUUUAAGCUUUAAGUAUUAAACCAAGCAAUUAUACUGCACAGUUAUUUGAGGUUUUCAGCUUUGUUUUUGCAUAUUGAUGAUUUUUUUUAAACAAAACUAUAUAUAAAUGUAUAUCAAAAUGACAAAUUAUUCACUGCUUCCUCCUUCGCCCCUUGAGAUGAUUAUAGCGUGAAAAGUAUGUAACAUAGGAUGUAAAAUUGUCAAAACGGCCAGGUAUUCACAUAAUCAGUGAAAUAAUCCUUGUCCAGAAAUGAGGUGUGGAAUGGCUUUAUUAUGAAAUGAAAUUAAUUGAGACUAUAUAAGAUAUGAUACCCCUUGAUAAAAGGCAGUGACUCGGAUCAUUACGAAUUGCAAAAAUGAUUAUGUUGUCCCAAAGACUAAAUGCAUUGUUUGUACACUGACCACAACAUUAUGACUACCGAUUUCUAGUUCUCACCUGUCCCCAGUGAUCUAAUAUUUAAGAUUUUAAGGUUUUAUUUUCAGCUUGGGCAAUGCAGAAUGACGUCAUCACCGCAGUUGGUAUUCUUUGCCUUCUACAACAUUGGAAGCACGCAACAUUUAAAUGUGGAGCUCUGCAGCUGUAUGUACGAGUGUGUUUACAUGCAUGGAUAUACCCCCCCCCCCAACUUAUUUAUGUCCCCCGACUUGGAGUACAUAAUAGGCUAGCUGGCGGGACCUGUAAAUAUGGCAGAUGUCUCACUACGUCACAUUCCAGAUUUUACACCAAAUCAGAUGGUGACACAUUCCUUGUGCAUGUAAACACAUUUGUCGUGACAGCUCGUCAAACAGGGUGAUGCACAUCCACAUUCGGACCAAGCUGAAUGACUUUUAUUCCUUUAUGGAUCCUGAUCCUGCAGGGUGGCCUUUUCCCAUUGUUUUUUCUGAUCCUGCGGAAUCAUGCUCACUUGUACAUAAACUAAACUAGCCCAUGGCAGUUGUGUUUAUCUCUCUGUAUCUACAUGUCUUUUUAUUUUGUUUUUACUUAGUAGGGAAUACUUUUGACUGGACUAUUUUCAAUGCCAAGGUCAGUACAUGGUAAAAAAAAAAAACAAAAACAAAAGGAUGUAGUUUCCUUAAGGUUGUUGUAUCAGUGACACAUACAGUGUUUGUUCUAUGCAUUGACAUCAGAUUGUUGAGUGUAUUUUCAGUACAUACAGUAGGUGUUUCCCUUAGAAGAUUACAGUUGUGUGCAUAUUGCCAGGUUCCAGGAAGCCUUUGUGUACUUUUUUUUCUUCUUUAAACGAGUGCCACCUUGUUCUCUAGUUGGCUUUUUCACUUUCUGAGAAGUUUGCAAAGAGCGAAUGCACCUCGACACAUUCUUGACAAAUCACCUGUUGUGUUUUUUGUUUCUUCUGUGAAGGACAAGUGUGGAUUCCCGAAAAAAAAAAUCCAAACCUACUUCAGGGGAAAGUUGCUUCACGUCACUUGUAGUGUUUUUGUAUAGUUAUUCUUUUACCUUUCUUUGUAUGCCUUUUUUUUUUUUCUUGCUUCCCACAACGCAUAUCCCAUCGGGACAAUAAGCUGGUAAGGAUUUCUGUCUUCAAGCGCUGAUCUUCAUAUGUGUUCUAAUUGCGAACGAGCAACUUCUGACUGUACACUAAUAAAGCUGUUAUGAUUCAAUCCAGAA